UACCUUCUUCAGCAAUAUAAUUAUAACCCCAUAGCCAUACAUAGGUAUCAAUUUCCAAUCAAAUAUGGCGAGCUCAAUCUACAACACCAGGGAAGCUCAAGUAAAAGCCUUCGAUAAUGCCAAAACCGGCGUUAAAGGUUUAAUCGAUAGCGGCAUAACUCAAGUUCCUAAAAUCUUCAUAAAUCCCCAAAUCGAUCCACAACAAACACCGAUCACCUCAGACAAUGCGCAAUUGGAGUUCCCAUUCAUUGACCUAGAUGGCGUCGGCGAUGAUCCGAUCAAGCGCAAGGCCGUGGUCGACGCCGCUCGCGUUGCUUCGGAAACGUGGGGAUUCUUCCAGGUGAUCAACCAUGGGAUUCCGGAGGCUGUAUUGGAGGAAAUGAUCGGUGGUGUGCGCCGCUUCUUCGGUCUGGAUGAUGAAGAGCGGAAGAAGUGGUAUACGAGGGAUGCGAAUGCGAGGUUUAUUUACAACAGCAAUUUUGAUUUGCAUCGAUCGCCGGCGGCUGGUUGGAGAGACACUGUUUUCUGUGAAAUGGCUCCGUAUCUUCCUCAACCGGACCAAUUGCCCUCUGUUUGCAGGGAUAUAAUGGUUGAAUACACAAAACAAGUGAUGAAGCUAGGAAGAAGUUUGUUUCAAAUAUUAUCCGAGGCACUCGGUCUCAAGGCCGAUCACCUUGUAGACAUGAAAUGCGCGGAUGGGAUGGCUAUGUUGAUGCAUUACUACCCAGAAUGCCCUCAGCCGGAGCUAACCCUAGGCACGCCCAAGCACGCUGACAGCGACUUCCUAACGGUGCUGCUGACCGACCAAAUACGAGGCCUGCAAGUGCUCUACCAGAACCAGUGGGCUGAUGUGCCCCUUGUGCCAGGAGCUCUUGUGGUAAAUAUUGGUGAUCUUCUUCAGCUUGUGACAAAUGACAGGUUUGUGAGUGCUGACCACAGAGUAUUGGUGAAUAGCUCGAGCUCUAGAGUUGCAGUUGCGUGUUUCUUCAGAAACGAUGCUAUUAGGUCCACGGAGCUCUACAGGCCGAUUGAAGAGCUCGUGUCUGAAGAUGAUCCACCGAGAUAUAGGGCAACUACUCUGGAUGAGUAUAUUACCCACUACAUCUUCAAGAGGCAGCAUGGAGCUUCUGCUUUGUCACAUUUUCGAGUUUGAACUUGAUUUACCCCAUUUUGAUGGGGUUGGAGAAGGUGGAAAUGUUAUGAAGACAAGGUAGAGUUCAUUCUUAGUAAUGGUUUAUCAAUAUAUUGAUAUUGAUGAGCAUUGUGCUAAUAUUUGUAGGUUUCAAUCUAUCUUUACAGUUUAUGCUAAAUCAAUCUGUAUACA